CUCACUAAGUUGGUUAGGUUAGUUCACUGGCUACCGUGUGGGACUGCACCUGAUUACGUCUCCUAUCUGGAUUCACUCCCGCUUUUAUUUUUAGCGUACAUUCUCUAUCAGCUUGAGUCCUUACCCUUCCGUUCAUAUAGGCCCUGGCAAAUGCUCAAGCGACCAUUGAUUCGACUUCUGGAGACUACUUGCGGCUCUUGAAACUUCCAAUCAAACUCCACUGCCUCCUGCAAGCCCCACUGGCGUCUGGUAUGUGAGACUGGACCCUCAGUCAUUGCGGCGCUCCAAUACCAAGCCCGCCACCUUUUCAGAGCAAUCGCCAUGGAGCCUCACGUUCCUUGAGCGUCCACUACUCGUAUAUUUGCCCCCUACCCGGGUCUCGACCCCAACGGUCAACAUGCCUCCCUCGACCGUCUUCGCAUACUGGCGCAGAGAUCAUCGCCGCUCGAUCGCGCCACCAGUGUCCUUGUCCGCACCGAAUUCAGGACCUAAGAGUACGACGAACAGCCCGAUCAGUCCUCCUCAGCUUCCCGAGAUCCCUGAUACCCCGACCCUCACCUCCUCAUUUGGCGAGUCACGGACACUCGAUGCACCCCCGUGGAGCGAUUCACCGGCUGAGAAUGACGCGUUGAAGCUCCACGUCAACAGCUCCGUCGCUCCGUUAUCUUCCUCUGCCAGCUUGGCUGUCCCGUCCCCGUUGACCGAGAGAGAUAACCGCCCGCAUUCGAGUCCUGGAGAGCACGAGCCGGAGGCUGGCCUUACACCACAUGCGAACAUAUCGCAAUAUUCAGCGCCCGGUUUCCGGCCUGAACAGGAUGAUGGAGAGUCAAAUAUCAAGCCGAGUUCACCAUUUCGAUUAUCAUUUGGCAAGGGAUUGCGGAACCUGCAGGCGCCAACAGCUGAGCCCCAGAGACGUCCACCUAGCACUGGGCCCGGGCCGAGUCAAUUUCGAUUAAAGACCUCGCCCGAUGAUUCACCAGCCGAGAAGACGUUUAUACCGGGUAGAGAGUUACGGACGGAAGCGCCGAGCACCAGGCGAGUGAUGGAACGUGAUGUAUCAUCCGAGAAUACCCAUCACAAGUCGGGCAAGGCGAUGCUCCAUCUCUUGAACCCAAUGUCACUUCUCGCUCGCAGGCGGUCCUCACAGAUAGGUAGCUCACGUGUGGAUGAUGCGAAAAUCAGCACUCCCGAUUUGAUACCCGCUAUUCCUGAUGACUAUGAUCCGAGAAUUCGUGGAAAUAUUGUACAUGACUUUUCCGCUCCGCGACCGCGUCGCAAUGUAUCAUUCCACUCGGCUAUUCCACCCGAUGGGAGCGGCAGCUUACAUACACAGGAGAGCAGAUGGAAUGAUCAGACCAAAAGACAUAGCGAUCAUUCGCCGGUGUUCAAGGAACAUUUUGAGGACGACCAAAAAGUGCUACAGGUGGAAAACAAGGGCUAUCUGCAGUCAAGCUUGUUGACUAACCCCACUCAACAUGGUUAUGAGAGGUCGAUACCUGUGUUUGCUCGGAAAUUGCCAUCCUACCUAUCUGACGAUACCACCGAGACCGUUGAGGAGAACGUAUCUCCACCGCUAGAGCUACCGACAGAGGUGCCAGUGGAACUGCCAACUAAAGUUUCGUCAAAUCUAUCGCAAGAGAACGCUCCAACUCACCAGCAGGAUCAAGACACGAUUACGCAUGCGCCUCAACCGAGCUCGGGCUUGCCUCGACAUCUCAAAAGUAAUGCCUCUCGAUUCAGCUUUGAUAUGGGUGGCGUGGAAUCAUCCACCCAGGAGAAGCUGCUUGAAGAGAAACACAAGGCGAAGGAAGCGCAGCGCAAGCUGGAAGAUGGCUACUUUGACGACUUUGAUGACGAGUUCGACCAUGAUCUCAUGGAUGACUAUGACGGUCUUGAGGAAAAGAUUCCUGGCGUUAAUGCCGAUGCCGACGAAGACGAUUACCUGGCACCGUCAAUGGGCCAGUCUUGGGCGGUACCCGGACUGUCACCUGUGGUUGCGAGUCCAAUCACCCCUGCUCCGCCUGAGAUCCUAGAGAGUCUAAUGGCUACUGCUCCUGACGCUUUGGAGAAAGAAUUUGAUCCAUCCAACCAAGACGAGAUACUCGACGAGGAAUUGGAGUCCAUUGACGAGCCGCAAGAGGUGCAACGACCUCUUCCACUGAGCGUUCAUAACCCAGCGGCCAAUUCUCAUACAAUACCGACCAUGCACAUAAGCCCUCCAGUACUAGAUGAUGACGAUGAUGAUGAUGAUGAUGACGACUUAUACUUUGAUGAUGGAGAAUUCGGGGACCUGACUCUUGCCGAUCAGGAUGCAGGCUUCGACGAGUCUGUCUUUGAUGAUGAGACUAGUCAUCUCUAUGAACGGAAGUCAGUAGCCCCACCACCGGCACGACAAGCUUCUCAGAGCACAGUCCGCAGCGGGGAUGCUCUAGAAAGAGAAUUUCUCCUGGACGAGGCCGCCAGCCAGGGGCUCAAGCAUAUGCCCAGCGUUGCUAGUGAAUUCGGAAUUGGCCCCGUCAAGCGUGGCCCACUUGGUGAGCCAAUACCCAACAUGGGUCCUGCUCGCGCUCAUGGAGCGGUACUUACUGAGCGAAACUUGGAGGUGCUGCAUAAUGCACUAGCAUUUGCCGCCAACGAAGCCGCUACUCAAGGCCGGUUCGAACGUACUUUUAGUACGAGCGACCGAUCAGUCGAACAGGAGAGUAUUUCUCAGGCGGCACACACGGCUGAGUCCCAGCCCGGACUCAUGUCGGAUGACAGUCGCCUCAACCAAGGGGCAGAUAUGGUCGGCUUUGAUGAGUCCCUCGACGAUCAAAUCUACGACGACGAUGCGUAUUACGACGAUCCCAUCAUUGCUGCGGCCAAUGCCGAAGCUCUUGAGAAUGACGACGAGGGCUUCUACGGGCAAGAGUUUGGCUUCUAUGCUCAAGCACAUGGCACUUGUAGCGGCGAGAUGACCAAUGGUGGAUACUUUGGCCCCCGCGGCGUCGAAGGCAUUACUCGCCAUCACAGCAGUCGCGGUAAGUUCCAGGAACCCAGCCUGACUCCGAUCACCGAGCGUAGUGAGUGGAGCACUCGCAACUCUGUAAUCUCCUUGAAAGCGCAUGGUGGCACCCAUUCGAAUCCCUCCUUGGCCAGUCCCGGCUUGGCGCAGCUCGUCGAUCUGGGCAACUUAGACGACGAAAUGUCAUUGAGUGCCCUGCUAAAGCUGCGCCGUGGUGCCUGGGGUGGCAGCAAUGGUAGCUUGCGCAGCAGUGCAGGUAGCCCGCCACCCCAUGCACUCUCGUCCUCCAACCGUGGCAGCUUCAUUGCUGCCUCGGAGGCGAGCCCGCCCGAGGCACGACCCUCUGCGGACGAGAGUUUGGCAAAUAUUGGCUAUCACCAUGACGAUGGGCAUGUUUAUCCUACCUCACCGCCUCGAGACAGCCGCCGCGGAUUUCCUGGCGACCUUCCGCUUGGCGGAACGGACGGUCCGAUCAGCAGCACCGACCACCACCACGAAGAGCCGAGUAUCGGCGCGCCGCAAAACCAUUCACAACCGCCACACCUUCAACAUGCCAACGUUUUGUAAAUAAACCAUGUGCCCUUUUGGGGGGUUUUCUUUUUCGACAUUCUCUUUACUGGGUAUAAUCAUUCUGGUUCUGGGCCAUUUUCGUCUUUUGAAUAUGGUUGUUGACAGGGACAUUUAUAUUACGAUUUAAUGAAUCUCCGAGCGUGUGAUUUGACGUGUUAGUAUGGGGUGUCCUGGUCGGAUAUCUGUGUUCAACUUGCUGCUGCUGCUGUUUUUAUUCUAUUUCUAUUCGGUCAUCAUUCCCGCGCUUUGACAGUCUGGGGAAAAUUGAGCUCAUGACCUGCUGCAUGAAUGAUCUGUCAUCGGGCAUACUAUGGGCUAGGAUGGGCGAGGAUGGGAUGUAUAUAGACCGUGUAAGAGCAAUCGAUGGGCGGUCCAAUUGGGCCGAAAUCACCCGCAAAACACCG